AUGGAGGAGGCCGCGGCGCACAACGGCAGCGCCGCCGGGGCCGGGGCCGGGACCGGGACCGGGACCGGGGCCCCCGCGGCCGCCCGCCCGCCCGCCACCCCCGAGGGCAUGGCGCUGGCCUACGGCAGCCUCGUCCUCAUGGCGCUGCUGCCCAUCUUCUUCGGGGCGCUGCGCUCCGUCAGCUGCGCCAAGAGCAAGAACUCCUCAGAGAUGCCAGAGACCAUUACCAGCCGAGACGCUGCUCGUUUUCCCAUUGUUGCCAGUUGCACCCUUCUGGGGCUCUACCUCUUCUUUAAAAUAUUCUCUCAAGAGUACAUCAAUCUUCUGCUUUCCAUGUAUUUCUUCGUGCUGGGGAUCCUAGCCCUGUCCCACACCAUCAGCCCUAUGAUGAACAGAUUCUUCCCUGCAAAUUUCCCCAACAAACAGUACCAGCUCCUCUUCACCCAGGGCUCCGGGGAGAGCAAGGAGGAAAUAGUGAACUACGAGUUUGACACCAAGGAUCUUGUAUGCCUGGCCCUGAGCAGUGUUGUGGGGGUCUGGUACCUGCUGAGAAAGCACUGGAUUGCCAACAAUCUCUUUGGGCUGGCGUUCUCCCUCAACGGAGUGGAGCUGCUGCACUUGAACAACGUCAGCACUGGCUGCAUCUUGCUUGGGGGCCUCUUCAUCUACGACGUCUUCUGGGUCUUUGGCACCAAUGUGAUGGUGACAGUUGCCAAAUCAUUCGAGGCCCCGAUAAAACUGGUUUUCCCUCAGGACCUGCUGGAGAAGGGGCUGGAGGCCGACAACUUUGCCAUGCUGGGCCUGGGAGACAUUGUCAUUCCAGGGAUCUUCAUUGCCUUGCUGCUGCGAUUUGACAUCAGCUUGAAGAAGAACACGCACACGUAUUUCUACACCAGCUUUGUGGCCUACAUCUUCGGGCUGGGCCUGACCAUAUUCAUCAUGCACAUCUUCAAGCACGCCCAGCCUGCUCUUCUGUACCUGGUCCCCGCAUGCAUCGGAUUCCCGCUUCUUGUGGCCUUGGCAAAGGGAGAAGUAACUGAAAUGUUCAGCUAUGAAUCCUCUGCUGAAAUCUUGCCACACACACCAAGACUUACCCACUUCCCCACCGUGUCCGGCUCGCCGGCCAGCCUUGCUGAUUCCAUGCAGCAGAAACUGUCCUGUCCCCGCCGACGCCGGCAGCAAAGCCCUAGUGCCAUGUAGCAAUCGCACGCGGUGCCCUUUCUCUGUCUGUCGCUCUGGCCAGCUACGAGGAGAGCUCUACCCCCAAGGAGGUGCCGGG